AUAUCCUCCUGUUCUACAGAUGGCGCUACUGCGCACUUUUGCAUCACGCCACGGUCCAACGUCAAGUAGUCAUCUAAACACCAGUAACAUAAUUUUACAAACAUAACGACGGCGAAAUACCUUUCACAUGGAUUAUUUUUGACAAUGCAUCGGUUGCAUACAGAUGUAGUUGGGAUCUGGCAACAUUGACCAUGGUGCUCUUCUGGGUUGGUUUAUUAGCGGCUCUUUCUCAAGCCCUGGGUUCUCUGCAGUACCCAGAAGUGCCAGAAGAAUGGGUCCUUCUUCAUGUUGUGCAAGGCCAUAUUGGUGCAGGCAACUACAGCUACCUGCGUCUCAACCACGAGGGACGCAUCAUCUUGCACAUGCAAAGCCUUAAAGGAGAUGCAGAUAUAUACAUCUCUGACAAGACGCUGCGGCCAAAUUUUGAUACCUACAAGCUUCAAUCUACCACCUGUGGCCAGGAUGUGGUGGUGGUCCCAGGGGAUUUUGUCAGGCCUGUUGGAAUCGGGAUCUACGGACAUCCCUCCUACAUCGAGAGCGAGUUUGAGAUGAAGGUGUUUUACGACCAGACAGCACUGACAACAAAUGAAAUUGAGACCGACUCUUAUUCUUCAGAUGAGACUUCUGGUCAGUCUCAGCACGCUCAGGGCCCUGAAGAAGUGAUGGAUGAAGAGGAGUCAAUACUGUGGACUAUACUAAUUGGGAUUCUUAAGAUCAUACUUGAAAUUUUGUUCUAAUUUUGAUGUGCCAUUUGCCAAAUACUACACUUUCCACAAUAAACAUUUUGCCCAUUUCGAUGAAUUAAACAUCAAAACGGUUUAGCCAGUUUUUUGACAAAGAAAAGUAAAUGCUUUGUCUAACUUUUAAAUUAUAAGUCAACACCACUUUAAUAAGUAAAAUGUAAUUUAACCUAAUAUUUGUUCAUAUGCAAAAAAUGACACAUUUGCUAGUUAUAAUUAGAUUGCAUAUCAACAUAACUGACUGCACUUAUGUUUAACACAAUAUUUUGACCUCUAAUAUUUUAUUGACAAAAUAUACAUUUAUUUUCAUGGUACAUUUAUUUGUUCUUACUGACCUAGGCUUGGGAAUUCUAGGUUUUAAACUGCACUAUGCAAUCACACAAUCUUGUGACAAGGGUUGUACAGCUGUGCCUAUUGUGAAAAGUCUGUUGAUUUAUAAGCAGCAAAAAUCUUCUGUGACUAUAGUUGUAAGAUACAAAUAAAAAUCACUUAUUUUUGAA